GUGACUCGUCACAUUUCGGCCAUGUUCGUUAAUUUCCGUAACUCCUCCUCCAAUGCAACCUGGUAUGUUGUUAGGGGCAACUGUCAGAGACGCUAUUGUAGCCACACAGGGCAAAACGUUUUCCAAGAAUGCCUGAAAAUUAACAGCUAAUUGAGUGGUGUCGGCAAGCCUUGAAAGAAAAAUCCUCGUCCGGUCCUGUUGUUUAGAAGAGCGCCAUUGAAGGCUGAGGCUAAGUUUGGAUCAUGAAUCCAAGCUAGCCGAGGUGGGGAAAUCCAAAAUGGAUGCCGCCUGGAGUGAUUUUGUUGAGUGAGCUGCCUAGAUGUAGAGUAACACCGUUUGGAAGGAAAGACGCUUGCGAGGGGGUCGAAGCUCACUUGGUGCCCUCCUAUGUGGAUUUGGUGUGUCAUUUAUCAGCCAUCUUUCUAACCCACUUUGGUACACUGAGGACAUGGCGGUGUAUUUCGACCACCGUGUUGAGACCCCUGAAAAUUGUGAGGACCCCUCUCAGUUGACGUGGCACUCAGCUCUGUCCAUACUGGCUGUGGCUUCAAGAAACUGCAGCACUGGAGGAAAUGUUAACAUCUACUUACAGCAGGGAGAGCAUGUGGAGAGCUGCCAUGUUGAGCGUCCUCAUCGGCCCACGAUGCUUUGCUGGCAUCCCAUAAAGCCAGUGUUGGCUCAGGGCUGGGAGAAUGGCGAGGUGCUGCUUCUGUUACACCCUUCCGGGGAUCAAAAUGUCCUGCCGAGCACGCACACGGCGCACAUCACACUGCUGGAGUGGAGUAGCUCUGGAACUCGCUUGGUAACUGGGGACCAGAGCGGAACUGUAGCCGUUUGGAAGGUGGAUGCCAGAGGGAGACUUCAAGGGAACCAUCAAGUGAAGCAUGCAUACAACUCCCCCAUCACUUGCUGUUUAUUCAAACCAAGUUUGCCUGGAGAUGACGUGAAAAUGCUGGCCCGUGCAUCAGUGAGUGGGGAUGAGAACGCUUUGGACAUGUUCAGCUGGAAGGGGGCGCCUCUCAAGAUGGGGCCGCAGGAGGGCCUUGCUUUCUAUGUCAGCAGUGCAGAUGGUAAUGUACACAGUGUGGACGAGCAUGGGAAAACAAGCCUGCUCCUCAGUAUGGACGGCGCCAUCAAGAAAAUGUUCUACCUGGAGACCAGGGAGGUGCUUACAGUGAUCACUGACACGAUGAUGCUGUCACAGUACACUCUGGGACCAGAGGGCGACGCCCAGGAAUUUCAAAAGGUCAAGCUGAGCAGUAAGAGUGGCCAAAGCGUCGACAUCGUGUGGGCACAAAAUGGUCUUGUUAUCACAGCCACAGGGGAGCAACUCAUCAGGUUAUGGGAUCUCGAGCGAAACGAAAACUACGCAUUGUCUCUUGAUGAGACUCUUGGCUUUGAGAGGGGCGAGAUGAUCAACUGUGUUUCCUACUGUGCAGGAAAAGAAAUUCUUGCCGCUGGCACCAGUCACGGACGCAUAGCGAUGUGGAAGAUGGCGGUGCAUCCCGACCGCAGCAGAAGUGACACAAAAGCCCAGUGGAAGCUUCAGACUCCCACGGAAAUAGAAGGAAACGUCACUCAACUGCAGUGGGGCGCCAGUCUGAAUCUGCUGGCAGCCAACAAUUCCACCACCGUGGUCAUCCUGCACGAGCACGUAAUGUCAGCCCACUGCAGCCAGCAGGUGGCAGCGGUGCAGUUGACGCCGACCCAGCUCAGCAUCACCCAGUUCCACACAGGGCUGCACCUGGCUCUGCAGUCCGAAAUGCACAUCAAGGGAGUCUGUGUGACCAAGGAUUCUGCAACGGUUUGGAGCGGCAAACAGGUCACUGUGUUUGAGAUGUCAGGGGCUGCCCUACAUAAUAAAGGAUCAUUCCCUUGUGACUCCCACGUCGUAGCUGUACAUGGCGAGAACCUUUACACCGUGGAACCUAACCGAGUCCAGAUUCGCACACCGCAGGGCACAGUGAAACAGCUCUUGAAUUUCUCCAAAGCGGAGGGCAACCCAGUGCUCCUCAGUGUGUGCCAGUCUUACCUAGUGGUCGGCACAGACACGUCGCAUAUCAGAGUUUUUGAUCUGACCCGAAGAGAUGCUAAAGCUCACUGCAAUGCGAAGAACCUGACUGACCAGAUUCCCAAUCUGGGAGCCCUGCGUUCAGUCAAGUGUAAUGCCAAUGGCAGCCAAGUCAGCAUCUUAAUCACGCAGGUGAAUGGUCGACCUGACCAAAAAGUGUACUUCUAUGACAUCGAAAUGGACACAAUGACACACUUUGACUUUUUCACUGGCAGACCACCCAGUGGUAUCUCGCAGCCCGAAGACGGUGAAAGACAGCAGUUUCAGGAGAGCGAGCUUAGUGGCCGAUGCCCUGUAUCGCACUUCUGGGACGAGAGUGAACCUCGACUCUUUGUGUGUGAGACUGUGCCGGUCAGCUCCGAAACCUCUUCAUCUGGUUACUGGGACAUGGUGGACGUGUCAGUGGUGACGCUCUUCUGUACUCAGGAACAUGGCCUCCUCUUGCAGGACUGCUACCCCAAACCAGCAGGACUACAGGCCCUCCUUGCUCUUGACGUGCCUUACUAUUAUUUCAGCUGCAAGCUAUUAUUUCGGAGGGGUGGUGUCUUCCAAUCAGAAGAGGUUUCCGCCACGUCAGCACCAGCAAAUCAGAGCCAGCCAUCACGAGGGUCCGUAGCCCUCUUCCCCCAAAUGGUCUCCAGGCGAGCGCUCAGGGACUUUGAAGGCCUGGAGAACUGCGACAAGUCCACACGUGACGCCAUGCUCAACUUCAGCUUCUACCUCACCGUCGGCCACAUGGACGAAGCAUUCAAGUCCAUCAAACUCAUCAAGAGCAAAGCAGUAUGGGAAAACAUGGCGCGCAUGUGUGUGAAAACUCGGCGGUUGGAUGUGGCCCGAGUGUGCCUCGGCAAUAUGGGAAAUGCCAGGGCAGCGAAAGCUCUGAAGGAGGCCGAGGCAGAGCCGGAGCCAGAGACCCACAUUGCGGCGUUGGCCAUUCAGCUCGGCAUGCUGGAAGAUGCUGAGAAGUUGUACAAGAGCUGCCAACGCUAUGACCUCCUCAACAAUCUCUAUCAGGCGGCUGGCCAAUGUGAGAAGGCGCUAGAAAUCGCUGAGAAUCACGAUCGCAUCCACCUACGCACCACCUACUAUAAUUAUGCCCGCUAUUUGGAGUCCAUGGGUGACAAGAGCUUGGCCCUGGCGAAUUAUGAAAAAUCCGACACCCACCGAGUGGAAGUGCCCAGAAUGCUUCAAGAUGACCCUUUGUCUUUAGAAAUCUAUGUUAAGAGGAUGAAAGACAAGAACCUUUACAAGUGGUGGGCCCAGUAUUUGGAGAGCCAAUCGGAAAUGGAUUCAGCUCUGGACUUUUAUGAAUCUGCUCAAGAUUACCUCUCCCUGGUUCGAGUUCACUGCUACAUGGGGAACGUUCAGAAGGCAUGUGAAAUAGCCAUCGAUACAGGUGACAGGGCAGCAUCCUACCACCUGGCUCGGCACUACGAGGGUCACGAGGACAUCAAACAAGCUGUGCAUUUCUACACUCGAGCACAGGCCUACAACAACGCCAUACGACUCUGUAAGGAGAACGGUUUGGAUGACCAGCUGAUGAAUCUGGCUUUGCUCAGCAACCCGGAGGACAUGAUGGAGGCCGCCUGUUACUACGAGGAGAAAGGCGUCCACAUGGACCGAGCAGUUUCACUCUACCACAAAGCCGGUUACGUCUCCAAAGCCCUGGAAGUGGCCUUCGCGACAGAGCAGUUUGCGGCACUUCAAAUGGUUGCCGAGGACCUGAAUGAAAGCUCGGACCCGGCUCUCUUGGCGCGCUGCUCUGAGUUCUUCAUCAAACAUUCCCAGUAUAAAAGGGCUGUGGAGCUGCUGAUCGCGGCAAAGAAGUACCCUCAGGCCCUGGAGCUGUGUGUAAAUGAGAACCUGACUAUCACGGAGGAGUUUGCAGAGAAAAUGACCGCGACGGAUUCAAAAGACUUGUCUGAAGAGGCUCACAAGGAGCUACUGGAGAAGAUAGCCGAAUGCUGCGUGCGUCAGGGAAACUACCAUCUGGCCUCCAAGAAAUUCACACAGGCUGGAAACAAGCACAAGGCAAUGAGGGCACUGCUGAAAUCAGGCGACACAGAGAGGAUUGUACUUUUUGCAAACGUUUGCCGUCAGAAGGAGCUUUUCGUCAUGGCCGCCAACUAUCUUCAGUCUGUAGACUGGAAAAACCCAGAGAUCUUGAAGACCAUCAUUGCUUUUUACACAAAAGGGAGAGCACCGCACCUGCUCGCUGGCUUCUAUGAAACCCGUGCACAGGUGGAAAUCGAUGACUAUCAGAGCUAUGAGAAGGCUCUGGAUGCUUUGAGUGAGGCGGUUAAAUGCCUCUCCAAAGUCAAAAACUCAGAUGGACAACAGGAAGCCAAACUGGCCGAGCUGCAGCGAAAAAUCACUCUCAUUAAGAGAUUUGUCCACGCCCGCAAGUUGAAAUCCGAAAAUGGUGAGGAGGCACUGAGCAUUUGUGAAGGCUUAUUGGAGGAGCCCGAGUUAGACGCCGCUGUCAGGGUUGGCGAUGUUUUUGGUUUCCUGAUCGACCAUCACUGUCAGCGCGGCAACUUCAAAACUGCCUAUAGCAAGCUGGAGAAGCUCCAGAAUGUGGUCCCUUCACAAAAUAUCAGAUACUAUGUUAAACAGCCCACCUUGGACGCCCUGCACAAACACAUGGGUCUCACAAUGCAUUCCGGGGACCAAAAACAUCACGAUAAAGAGGAUGAUGAAGUGGAGGAGGACUUGAACGUCCCCUAAAAUCCCAUGAAUGACCUCAGAUUUUUUUCUAAUGAAAUAUUUUUCCCGUUGUGUCACUGGGUGGCGCUGUUGUCUACAUAUAGAAGGCAUGUCCGUUUGUUCAUGUCCUCACCGGUGCAAUUUAAUAAUAGCAAAACAGAUACAAUACUUGUCAAUUUUUUAUACAUCUCUUCUAUAGCAGUGUGUGCAGAUAUGGACUUUUAUUGUCGUUGUCUAAGCAUCAUUUUGUGUUCACAUUUUACAUGAAAAAUAUACAAUCAAGUCCAUUGUUUGCUGUAUGUAUGUAAAUAAAUGUUUUGAAUCUUUUCUACAAAGAAAA